AGGGGACUGAAGCUUAUUUGCUCCCAGUUGGACCCACAUCCUCCGGGAUACAGCACCAGCCCGGCUUGGCCGAGCUUUACAUCCGCCAGAGGAAGCGAGAUCAAACGAUAGACAGAGACCAGAGUCCAGGGAAGAGGCAUCAGCAGCUGGGUGCACACAGACAGUCCGAGAGCUCAGACCAGCCGCGAACAUGACUGCAGACGUGGCGGUGUCUCUGUCGAUGCUUGUGGGGAUCGUCGCGAUGAGCGAUGUGACCCGCAGGUUGUUGAGCAGGGCCCUUGCGGAUACCGGGCUUGCUGUGUACGCCAUGGAGCUCGUGUCCACCUUCCAGCUGUGCUGCUGCACGCACGAGUUAAAGCUGCUGUCUGAGGUGGGCGGGAUCGAGCCUCAGCUCGCGCUCACCUUGACGUACCUGGCGGCCGUUGUCCACGGGUUCACCUUCAACGGGGCCACUGGGAACCCCUCCGGUGCGCUCGAGCACGCCUACCAUGCGAGGUUUUCAGGCGGAUGCGCCCUGCUGCGGAUUGCCUGCCAGUUCGCCGCGGCUGCCGCAGCGCGAUUUGCAGUGCCGGUGAUUUGGGGUAUUGGGUUGUCGGGACUGCAUGUGCGGCAUAAGCUGCUCGGUUACCGGUGCAUCAGCCCCAUUCACGCUCCACUGCUCAAGGCCGCUGCCGUGGAGCUCGCGUGCUCUUUUGCAGUUCAGACUGCUAUAACGCACACGCGAUCGGUGGAGGCGAAAUACCGCGUGCACGCGGUGGCUGCGGUUAUUGCAACAGUAGUGUAUGCAGGUGGCAGUUUGACAGGAGCAGUGUUUAACCCUGCGUUGGCCUUCUCCACACAGUUCCCCUGCAGUGGAAACUCCUUCCUGGAGUACUGCCUGGUCUACUGGCUCGGCCCGCUGUUGGGUAUGAUGAGCUCAGUGCUGUUGUUUGAUAAACUCGUCCCUCUGCUGUCAAGGAAAUCACCGUCUCUCCAUCUCCCCCUGGAGACUAAGAAGAGGACAUGAGCUUUGCCGGGCAGCGUUUAUAACCCAGAGUACAUGUGAAGAUGUUGUUACUGACAGACUGUUAACCUGCUGCUGAUUUCAGUCAUCACACGUUAGGAAAAAGUACAGCACUUAUAUGCACUUUUCUAAAGACUUCAAGACCUCAAGAGCACAUCUUAGAAGCUAAACAGAAAACUUAACUCAUUUAGUGUUUUUGUAGGCUAAAUCUCAUAAACAAGGCAUGCAGAAAUUGAUCGGCCAAGUUUUACUUUACAAGGUGGUUGAUCAAACACUAAAACCAAUUGCUAUGCAGUAUACACUCAUCUGAUUUAAACAUUUUAGACAUUUCAACAUUUUUGGGGGGGUCUCUAACCAGAACCAGUAUCACCCCCACAACUGUUCACACAACACAUGGGAAACAUCAGUUUCUGUUACUAAAAUAUCAGUCAGUUUCAGUAGCUAACAAAAGAGUAUGCCUUGUGCUUGCAUGAUCUUAAGGCAGAUUACAGCAUGUCAAUGUCAAGUCCUGCAAACAAGUCUUGUAAUUGCAAUAAUAUACAUUGAUCCAAGGUUUUUUGUUCAAUAUUAUACUUAAGCUAAUUAACUAAUUAUAAACUGAAACAUUUAUAGGCCUGAUGGAAAUUUGAGAAUUGGAUGAUCUUAGCGCAGUGAGCCUUGCCUUUAUUUGUAUAACACUUAUCUGAGAAAAGUUAGUGUUAUUGUACAUAUAUAUGUAAUUCAUGUUUAUAUUUAAUGACAUUCCAGAGCCAAGCACAGUGUAGUAAUGAACUGUACACAGGUCUGUGCCUUUGAAUUCUCUGUAAAAACUGGAAAGGCAUUUUGAACUGUGAAUUCAGUAAUUUGUUGGACCCCA